AGAGGUUGCUUUCUUCUGAGAAGGUCUCUGAUAAGAACCAUUCUCUCCCCAAACCCUGCUGGGGCAAGGACAUGAGGCUCCUCUUUGACCAGUUCAUGAAGAAAUGUGAAGAUGGCUCCUGGAUACAUUUGCCUUCAUAUGAGUAUAUAGCAACUCAAAGGAGUCAAGACUUCCCAACCUUUAUUCAUGCUUAUUUCCCUACAGCCUCGGAGCUUAUAAACAAAGAAAAACUGUCACAGGGCCGGCUCUUCACCAAAAGCUUUGAGGAUGGCCUGGGCUUUGAAUAUGUGAUGUUCUAUAAUGAUGCUGAGAAAAGGAUAGUUUGUGUGUUUCAAGGAGGUCCUCACCUGCAAGGAAUGCCUGGAUUUUUUCACGGAGGUGCCAUUGCAACCAUGAUUGAUGCUACUGUUGGUAUGAAUGCGAUUGUAUCUGGGGGAAUUGUCAUGACUGCCAAUCUCAACAUCAAUUUUAAAAGACCUAUCCCCCUUUGUUCUAUUGUUUUGAUAAAUAGCCAACUUGAUAAAAUUGAAGGAAGGAAACUGCUUGUGUCCUGUAAUGUUCAAAGCGUUGAUGAGAAGAUCCUAUAUACAGAGGCAACAAGCUUAUUUGUAAAGCUGAAUCCUGAAAAAGAGUUUGACAUAAAAGAGCUUGUGUUGAAAUCUGCUCCACCUGCUUAAGGCUCUCUGCUUAAGGCUGUGUUCCCCAGUCCUGCUCUGCUCGCCCACUGUGAGCCCCUAUACGGUGAAGCCUGCUGACACUGCCUUUAUGAACAGUCUUCUGAAUGCAACUCCAGGAGCUCCAUUUCCACCUUCUAAACUUCCUAACACAGAAGCACUUCCUAUGAGAGUAUCAGCAAUGUUAGAAUUGCUGUGUCCUUAGAAUAAGUGGCUUUCCUGCAAUUUGAACGGACUCCUUAAGGUGAUAUCUGUAAACUUGAAAAUUCCAGAAAACCAAAUGAAGGAGCAAAUAUGUGCAUGCAUAUUUGCAUGUGUGUCUAAUGUGUGCAUGCAUGUAUUCAUGAUUUGUAAAUUUCAAAGCUAAUUUUGUUGUAUCUAAAAUCUUUUUGAGCUGGCCAGCAUGGUUGAGCAUCGACCUAUGAACAAGAAGGUCAUAGUUUGAAUCCCGAUUAGGGCACAUGCCUGGGUUGCGGGUUCAAUCCCCAGUGUGGGGCAUGCAGGAGGCAGCCAAUCAAUGAUUCUCUC